GUCCGGCACGCGACUUCCACGCUAAUGCGAUUCCUGCAUGGUGCAGUCGUGGUGGCGCUGUCCAUGGCUGGUAUCGCCAUGGACUGUCCCAGUUGCUUGUACCAGUCGGUCUCGUGUGGCAAUCCAGCCUCCACCCAGCCAGUGUGCGACGACGUCGGGCUCAUUCAGUCCGACGACGUCCUUUGCGACGGCAUUGACUGUGUUUGCUCGGACGGAUUUGUGUGCGCGUCGUUGCGUCUAGGGUGCCCAGGGGUUGUGCAUGGGGGAAGUCGAGCGCGAUGCCUGUCGCUAACUGGGCUGCAAUCACGGUACGAAGCUUACCGCGCCAUCGUCAUGCCACCUGGCCCAGACACCUAUCCCGCAACUAACCUUUCGUGGGUUCACUUCCACGACGACAACGACGACUGUGCGCUAUCAGACGACUGCACCGCCAUGCGCCAAUUGCACGCAUGCAGCGCGGUGCUGUGUGGCAGCGCAGUCAUUGCAUGGAUGGAAUUGCAUGGCGAUGAGCACGAGUAUCGGGUGGUGGUCGAAGGCACGCUGGCCGACCGAUCGGCUGGAAUCUUUGCCGUGGCGGCACGAUGGAAUCCAAACAUGAGACGACUGAGCUGCGAUAGCAUCACGGCAACCCCCAUCGGCAAGCGGUAACCACUCAUGGCUAUGCCGCGCUCCAAACUCUGCUUCGUCACUCAACAAACGCUCGCUGCACUA